UGAAGUGAAGACAGCGGUAGGACGUGCGAUCUCGAACUGAACAAUAUUUACUUGGAGGACUGAAAGAAACUCAGAGACAAGCUGAAGAUAAUUCACUUGGGUGAGUGUCUUCUUUAAGAACAAUUUGAAAUCGGAGAAAAUGGCUGAGAGAGCUCUUCUAGAAAGUUUUCUGAGCUGCCAUGUGUGUUCAGAGACUUUCAGAGAUCCUGUGUCUCUGAGCUGCAACCACAACUUCUGUUCAAACUGCCUGCAGAAAUUCUGGGAACAAGCUAAAAACAAAAACUGUCCUAUUUGCAAAAGAAAAUCUUCGAAAGAUUUUCAUUUUGUUAACUUUACACUGAAGGAACUGUCUGACUCCUUUGCUGGAAGACAGAAAUCUGGAUCAUCUGAGACAGAAAAGGGAAAAGAGAAGUCAUUAAUGGAGGUUUGUAGUAAACACAAAGAAGAGUCUAAACUGUUCUGUGUGGAUGAUCAGAGAGUUGUGUGUCCUGUCUGUGACUCUUCUCUCCACCACAAUCACAAAGUGGUUCCUAUAGAACAAGCAGUCAGUGACCUGAAGGAGCAGCUGAAAUCUGACUUAAAGUCUCUGGAGGACAAGAGGAACAAAUACAAACAAGUGGAGGAAACAUACAAUGAGGUGAUUCAACACUCCAAGAAACAGCUGCUGUCCACAGAGAGGCAGAUCAGAGCAGAGUUCAACAAGCUCCACCAGUUCCUGAAAGAGGAAGAGGAGUCCAGACUGGCAGCUCUGAGGGAGGAAGAGGAGCAGAAGGGGAAGACUGUGAGCAGAGAGAUGAAGAGGAUUCAGGAGCAGAUCUCCUCUCUGUCAGACAGUAUCUCUGCUGUUGAAGAAGAGCUGCAGAAACACCAGGUGCCAUUCCUCAUCAGUUAUAAAGCCACUCAGACCAGAGCCAGAGCCCAGUGCCCACUGUCAGAUCCACAGCUGGUCUCAGGAGCCCUGAUAGAUGUGGCCAAACACCUGGGCAACCUGGCCUUCAGAGUCUGGGAGAAGAUGGAGGAGAAGGUCCACUUCAGUCCUGUCAUUCUGGACCCAAACACUGCUCCCUCCUGUCUCUAUCUGUCUGAUGAUCUGACCAGUGUGAGAUGUGGAGACACAAACCAGAAGCUUCCUCACAAUCCAGAGAGAAACACUAAGUACACCACUGUUCUGGGCUCUGAGGGCUUCAGCUCAGGGAAACACAGUUGGGAGGUGGAGGUCGGAGAUCAUCCUGCCUGGGAUGUUGGUUUAGCAAAAGAGUCAUUUGACAGGAAGGGAGAGUGUCCUCCUUUGCCAAAAUAUGGAGUCUGGUGUUUGUUGCAUCGUGAUGGAAAAUACUCCAAUGGUGAUCAGAUUGUGACAGUGAAGAGUCUCCAGAGGAUCAGAGUCCAGCUGGACUAUGACAGGGGGGAGGUGUCUUUCUACAACUCUGAAGACAUGACUCACAUCUCCACUCACAGAAACACUUUCACUGAGAAACUCUUCCCAUAUUUUUAUAUUGGUAAAGCUGGUGCUGCCAAAACCUCUGAUAUCAGAAUCAGAAAGUGAGAUUUCUCUGUGAUGUUCAGAGAUGUUUGUUUCUCUGUGACAAUCAUUCAAGGUUCAUUUCUCUGUAAAGUCAUCAUCACACAACAGUGAUAGUUUCCACUAAAAGACUUUUUCAUUCUGCUGAAGGUUGGUUGUAAUUUUAAAUGAAUUAUUUUAAAUGUGCAUAAUUAAACAUGUAGACCUCAACAGUGGUUAAAAGUGUCUGUGAAUGUUUGAAUUGAAAAAAAUGUUAAUAUUUGAUUAGAACAAGAACAUAUUUUUAAUCUGAAAGUUUUUUUUCCUCAACUGUUAUUUCAUCCUUUCCACUAAAAGACGUAAAAGUCUUUUUACCUCCAAUGAUGAGUUAUUUUAUCCUUUAACAUGUUCUAAUGAGAUUUUCAGUGGUUCAGUGAAUCUAAAAUCAUUGUGUCUGAUUGAUUGUUCUUAUUUUAUUCUACAGCAGAACUGAUUUAUUUCCUUGGUUCACAGAAACUGUUAAUCCAACUGUCUGAAAUGACACAAUAUGUGGUGUUUUUGUGAUAAUGUCUCUAAAAGACUCGGCUUUAAAACUACAAAUACAACUGUCCACAUGUGCUUUGUUGAAUUAUUUGCAUAUGUAGGUAAAAGAUAUGAAUCCCUGAUGCUUAAUUUAACACGUGGUCCUUUGCUUCCAUCUAGUGGGUAUAUGGUGGAACUACAGAAAACAAACAGCACCAUUGUUUUCCACUAACAGAGCUUUGUGCCACACUCCUUCUUGUUUCAUACUCAGGUUUGAUGCAUGAUAGCGAGUUUAGUUAUUUUGAUGGAUUCUAUAAAGUGCACAACAAUAGAAUUUGACUUAUAGGUUAAAUAAAACAGUCAAUGAUCUUUUCUAUUAACUCUUGGUCCAGUACUGGUUAAGGUGUUGAACGAGUUCAGAAUCAGGGUGAUUUCUAUGAUUUAAUCUAGAAGAAAUAUCUAAAAUUUCAUUUCUGCCUCAUCAGAAAAUGCAGUGACUACAGUACAUGUGUACUUGGUAGUAAGAUGAUAUCUCUAUUAGCUGGAAUAUGACGAUGUUAAAAGAUUCUCAGCACUUGUGUCUUAUUUAUUGUCACAUUUAGAAAAAAAAGUUGUUGAAAUAAUCAAAUGCUCAUUGUUAAAAAAGUAAAUAAAAAAGUAAAUAAGAUCUUUUCUGAUUGUAGAAACUUUAAGUUUUAUGUUUUUAUUCAUGUUAAAAAUGGAAGUGUUGUUCCCAAUUUGACCACAAGAGGGUCUAAAAUUGAUGUUAUUCAUUUUGACAUGUAAACCAUUUCCACCGUUUACUUUAAUUAUACACGUGUUAAUGUAACUGUUUGUGAAAAUAAGUAUAUAAACAGAUUCACUGAUCUGAUUUUAUUUUGAAGAAUAAAGAUCUAUUCUGUUAUAAA